CAUCGAGGUGGGCCUGGCCGGGUCGGACCGCUGAGUGAGGAGCACACGGAGCUGGAGGGGGCAGAGAAUUGUCACUGAAAUAGAGAUUAAAGUCGAGAGUUUCAGCCCCAGAGAGAGACAGAGAGAGAGAGACAGAGAGAGAGAGACAGACAGACAGAGAGGGAGGGAGAGAGGGGGAGGGAGAGAGAGACAGACAGACAGAGAUAGACAGACAGAGAUAGACAGAGGGAGCAUCGUCUCCGCGGUUCACAAACAAGGGCCGAGUCAUCUGAAAGAACCGUUUAAACGUCCAAUAGUUGUUUUUCCCGCGGGUCGAGGGGCGGAAGCGGCGGAAUCAUCAUCAUCACCAUCAUGAUCCAGGCCGUGGCGGAGUUAAACACCGAGAACCAGAUCUUCUACUCGGUCCUCGUCUUCUCAUGGGCCGUGUACAUGUGGGAGGCCCACCUGGCCAAGCGGCAGCGCAAGACGUACAGAAACACGACACUGGUCCCCGAGGAGCUGGGCAUGAUCAUGGACUCUGAAACAUUUGAGAAGUCUCGCCUCUACCAGCUGGAUAAAAGUACUUUUGGAUUCUGGUCCGGCCUUUACUCUGAAACCGAGGGAACGCUUAUCCUGUUGUUGGGAGGAAUUCCCUUUCUCUGGAAAGUGUCUGGAAAUCUCACUGGGCGUUUUGGGCUGGGAUCAGAGUACGAGAUAACUCAGUCGCUGUCGUUCUUAUUCCUGGCGACCUUGUUCAGUGCCAUCACCGGCCUGCCCUGGAGCAUCUACAACACCUUCAUCAUUGAGGAGAAACACGGUUUCAACCAACAGACUUUAGGUUUCUUCUUCAAAGACGCCGUGAAGAAAUUUGCUGUAACUCAGUGCAUUUUGCUGCCCGUCACCUCGCUACUGUUGUACAUUAUUAAAAUCGGUGGAGAUUAUUUUUUCAUCUAUGCUUGGCUUUUCACAUUAAUUGUUUCUCUGGUUUUAGUGACCAUCUACGCUGACUAUAUUGCACCGCUGUUUGAUAAAUUUACUCCACUCCCUGAAGGAGAGUUAAAGACAAAUAUUGAAGAAAUGGCCAGGAGCAUCAGCUUUCCUCUAACCAAGGUUUACGUGGUUGAGGGAUCGAAGAGAUCGUCGCAUAGCAAUGCGUAUUUCUAUGGGUUUUUUAAGAACAAGCGCAUUGUUCUGUUUGACACACUGCUUGAAGAUCAUUCCCCAUUAAAUAAAGCAGCAGGCAAUGAGAACAUUGAAACGCACACGGCUGCUGGAGAUAGCAAUGAAAUUGAGACUGCGGAGACCAAGCAAAGACCAAAAAACAAGAGACAAGGCUGCAGUAAUCAAGAGGUUCUGGCAGUGCUGGGCCAUGAACUGGGACACUGGAAGCUUGGUCACACUGUGAAAAACAUCGUCAUUAGCCAGGUGAACUCGUUCUUUUGCUUUUUCCUCUUUGCUGUUCUCAUGGACAGAAAGGAGCUAUUUUCUGCCUUUGGUUUCUACGACACCCAGCCAACUCUCAUUGGGCUGAUGAUCAUCUUCCAGUUCAUCUUCUCCCCCUACAACGAGGUUCUCUCCUUUAGCCUGACCGUACUGAGCAGGAGGUUUGAGUUCCAGGCCGACGCAUUUGCAAAGGAACUGGGAAAAGCCACGGACCUGUACUCUGCCCUGAUCAAACUGAACAAGGACAACCUGGGCUUUCCUGUGGCAGACUGGUUGUAUUCCAUGUGGCACUACUCCCACCCUCCCCUCCUGGAGCGGCUCCGGGCCUUAAAGGACAAAAGGGACUGAUGGGAAAUGUGAGAAGGAAGUGGAACUUUGAACUUGAAGAAAUUAAAAUAGUGUUUUGUUUUUUUUUUUAUUUUGUUUUUUUUAAUUUCUCAUUCCACAGGUGGUGCAGCUUUGCACAGGUUGCUUGUAUUGUGGGAACUGCCUCUGGUUAUGGAUGCAUUUAGCUUGAGAACUGACGGGCGGAGUCUGCACGACCGAUCAAUCUGAUAUUUUAAGUUGUUGAAGAAUGCCUUGGGACUUGAAUUUGUAUUUUAUUUAAAGCAGUACAAUGUCUAAUGUGGUACAGGUGAGGCAGUGCAUGCCACACUAGCACAGAUGCCCAAUAAUACAUAUUGUAAGAAUAACCUUGCAUCAUAUCUGAAAUCUUAUCCCAAGUGCUCUUGGAAAUUGCCUUUGUCUAUUAUACAUUUAAAGUUUCAUUUCCAUAAGGGUUUUUUUUUCUGUUCAUCUCGCAAAUAUCUUUUACACCAGCAGCCCAUGCAAUAUCAUUUGUAUCACUUUAAAAAUAAGUGUUUGUUUUAUGGGAACUCUGAUGUACUGGCAAUGAUCCUGCAGGGCAGUAAUGUUGGAGUUGCUUUUCCAGGGAAGAGUUGGAGGCUCAAUGAAAGUUGUGAAUAUGUCGGGUUAUAAAACCAGCUCACUUCAGGACAAGUCCACUCAGCUCCAAAGAUGCCCUAUUUUUAGAUUCAACCUUUGAGGCAGGCAAGGAAUUUGUCCCCUUUUUAUCACCUCUGUGUCAUGAAACCUUAGGAAGGGUAAGUGUAGAGAGUUUGGGCGUAAGGAGCUACUCGUCCAUUCUCGGGAUCUGUUAGUAAAUCUGUCGAGGGUCUCGACCCGAAACGUCACCCAUUCCUUCUCUCCAGAGGUGCUUCCUGUCCCGCUGAGUUACUCCAGCAUUUUGUGUCCCCCUUCUGAAAAUAUCCUGUCUUGUUCCUGAAUUGGUGUGUGGACAUGAAAAUGGAUUUUUAACUCGAUACCUGUGGAGAUAAUUUUUGUUGAGUCCUUAAUUCUUCUAUGUUGCCGAGACUAUUUCAAUUCCUUCUGGUCAUGUUGAUGUGCAGCAAAAUGGGCCAAAGUGUGAAGGUGCUGCUAAUUUCAUUCAGUUCAGUGUAUCGAUGUUCACAAGCUGCCCACAUUGGAAGAGGUUUGCGUGUGCUUUGAGUAAGACAAUGUCUGGUUUGUAUUGCCACCAUACUAAGCUUCACAGUUUGUUGUCCUAACUCCAGGAAAUGGCAUCAACAGGGGGUUAAAAUGACCCACUGCUCUCCCACCUGUUUGAAUUGGCUACCAAUGGAAGUGAGAUUGCUACACGCUUCUCUUCCCCUCUGUUACUCUUCCAUUCCAAGCUGCCUCUCUGGUUGAAACCCUUCUUUUUCUCUCCCACCAUCCUCUACGUGAGCUGGAUGCUGUUCGUGUGUGGAGGUUUAGAAGUGUUACAGGAAUAUCAGUGACUGCUGCCUAGCCCAGUUCAGCUCUUCCCCAUUCAGCUGCAUGGGUGGUUCAGGAACAGUGGGUGGCGUAUCUGCCCCCGGUAACGUGAGGUGCAGAAGCUAGUGGUAGAAUAUCGAGCGUCUUUGGCGUCAAGGGACCAGUUUAGAGAGAUGAAAAAGCAAUGUUUAUCUUCCAGAUCCAGGGCCCCGCAGAAAAGCGUGGGAACGGGAGCUAGGAAUCUUUUUCUCAUGUGAGAUUUAGAUGGGAGGUUUGAUACGUUGAACAGGUCUCCCUCCGCCUGUGGCAUGUUCAUUCAAAUGUCUACAGUUUGGCCUGUUCACUGUGCAAAAUGUUGAUUGUUGGAACAGUUAGUCAGAACCAGACAACAUUGUACAUAGUUAAUGAAAAUGAAGAACAUUGAAAAUCUGUAAGUUGCGCACUAGCUGUUCGUGGCAUCCUGUUAAUAUUGCUGUCCUUAUUUACCAUCCUGUAUAAUCUAAAUGUUGGACAGAAUUGACACUGUUCCACCCAUUUCAAAGGUUAACAUCAGCCCCCUUCAGGCACCGAUUGUAUUUCCAGUUUUUUUUCCCCUCCAAGUGAUGAAGCUAUGUGUUUAAAAUGGUCGUUAUAGUUGGACAAUUGAAAUUGAAUUGACAUUAAAAUCUGGAAUUUAAAUACAAUGGAGGGUCCAAAGAAGGGUUCUGACCUAUUAUUUUUCUCCAAUGAUGCUGCCUGGCCCUCAGAGUCACCCCAGCAUUCUGUGUCCAUCUGUGGAGAUACUCAGCAGGUCGGGCAGCAUCUGUCGAAGGACUAACAGUAAUAUGUCAGGUCACCACUCCUGCAUGUUGACUCUUUCCCUCUUCAGUGCCAACCUGUUCAGAAGAUUUCCGGGACAUGCGGUACUUUGACAUUUCAUUAAAACAAGCAAACUCUUAAAUAGAGUGUGAGCACUUGGGUGAGAAAGGAAGGCUUUUUUUUUUUAAAGUAAGAUAAUAUUUGCAGAAAGGAUUGGUGAGAAACUUCAUUAAUUGUAGAUUGAUGGUGCGACCUCGUUUGGUUGAAACCUGUGUGCAAUGUUUUGCUUGGGAGGGAGGGGUGGGGCGGGGUGGGAUGUAAUGGAGGCAGAGGAGAGGAGUCCUGAAGGUUGUGUUGAAAUCUAAAUUAAUGAACAUAUAUAUAAAUCAUGAAAAGAUUGGCAUGUAUUGGAAUUGUGAAACCAACCCUAAUCUAUAAAGAUGUGAAAUUGCAUUCCCUUGUGAAGGUUAUCAAUAAAUUGGAGAAACUUGAA